AUGGCGUUUAGUUUAGCUGCUUUUUCAUAUAUUAUUUCACUGAUUGUUGAUGCAUUUCUUAUAUUUUUCGUUAUUUUCCACGUGAUUGCAUUUGAUGAAUUAAAAACGGAGUAUAAAAAUCCCAUUGAGCAGUGCAAUAGUCUCAAUCCACUGGUACCUUUCGAGUAUGGGCUGCAUCUGCUGAUAAAUUUCUUAUUUUUAAUAAGUGGAGAAUGGUUCUCAAUUUUAAUAAACGCUCCGUUGAUAGCGUAUCACAUAAAUAGAUACUUGACGAGGCCGGUGAUGUCAGGUCCUGGCUUAUACGACGCUACUAGUAUUUUAAAUGCCAAUGUUUUGGCAAGAUGUCAAAGGGAAGGAUGGAUUAAACUAGGAUUUUAUCUAUUUUGUUUCUUCUAUUAUUUAUACGGAAUGAUUACAUCACUCAUUCAUUAA